GGUGUGUCAUCUGGACAGAGCGUUUAAUCGGAAGAUUUGUUGAAGUUAAUACAUUCGUUGAAAAGUUUUAAGACACAUUAUGACUUUCGACCCUGUUUACGUCAAGACAGAAAUUUUGUCACCUAAUGCUGAAGAGAUUUCUCCUGUGCCCAGCAGCAGCGGCAGUGCUGCUGAUGACUCCGUCAGGGUCAAGCAGGAGAUGAUUUUUCUCCCUGAGAGUGUGGGUAUGAAAACAGAAGAAGAAUCCCCCAAAGAUGAGGAGGUAUUGCCAGGUGGUGGGCAGCUAGGGAGCCGCUCUGACCCUCUGGAUAAGGAACACGUCAGUCUCGGAGCUCGCCAGUAUGAGAAUGCUUCUUCACCGAGUUCUUGGAGUUUCAGGUUACUAGAAGUGAACCACGAGACAGACUGCACUGACCGGACAACAUCCAGUCUCCAUCCAGACGUAAUAUACCCAGAGCAGUGCGGGAUACCGGGAUCACCGAGGCGAGACUGCGACGAAAGCGAUCCGUUUGUGACAGAAUGUGCGAGUGAUCCUCUCAGAAAUGACGUCCCUCGCGGAAAUGAGACGAGGGUCGUAGAGAGGUUCAGCUGCGCACACUGCGAGAAGACCUUCUUCUCGAGGUACUGCAUCACGAAGCACGUGUUCAGCCACGAGCCCGGGGUCCCGGUGCCGGCGUCUAUCUGCGAGCUGUGUGGCGACGUGUUCCCAGACGCGGUUGGCCUGAGCCGGCACGUGGCCGACCGCGGCUGCGAGAAUCAUGGUGGGGGUGAGGGCGGGGCCGAGGGCGUGGCCCUGGAGGCGGGGCCCCGGCGGGCGGAGCUGCCGCCCGUCAGCCAGAUCCGACCGUUCGCCUGCCGGGCGUGCGGCGCCACCUUCGCCAGGCUGGGCCACCUCAAGGUCCACCUCACCAUCCACGCCGACGACCGUCCACACGCCUGCGAUGUGUGUGGAAAGCGCUUCCGCCAGUCGGUGCACCUGACGAUCCACAAGCGGCUGCACUCGGACGAGCGGCCGUACGGCUGCGAGGUGUGCGGCAAGGCGUUCCGGCAGUCGGUGCACCUGCAGAUCCACCUGCGGCAGCACACCGGCUACCGGCCCUUCAGCUGCGACGUGUGCGGCCGGACCUUCACGGACCGCACCGGCCUCAACAGGCACAAGGCGGUGCACUCGAGGGACCACCCGUUCGCCUGCGACACGUGCGGCAGGUCCUUCCGCGACGAGGACGGCUUGCGCGACCACCGCACCCACAACACCUGCGUCGCCGGCCCCUUCUCGUGCGACAAGUGCGGCAGGUCCUUCGCGGACCCGUUCGCGCUCAAGCGGCACCUGCGGGUGCACGAGAGCAAGAAGCGGAAGCCGUGCGACGUGUGCGGCGACGGCGGCGCCGGGGGCCGGGCGUGCCGGCACGACAAGCCCUACGUCUGCAAGGUGUGCGGCAGGGACUUCGCGCGCGCGUCCUCGCUCAAGAGGCACGUGUCCGUCCACACGGUGGCCAGGACUUUCGAGUGCGGGAGCUGCCGCAGGAGGUUCAAGUGGGAGAGCAGCCUCUGCGCGCACAAGUGCGGGCUCGACACCACCCCGAAGCAGUUCUCCUGCGACGUCUGCGGCAAGCGGUUCCGCUUCCGGCACAACGCCGAGGCCCACCGCAAGGUCCACACGGGCGAGAGCACCCACUCGUGCGAGGUGUGCGGGAAGCUGUGCAACUCUGCGGCCAACUUGAGGAGCCACUACACGGUCCACAGCGAGGAGCGGCCGUACACCUGCGAGACCUGCGGCAAGGGCUUCCGGCGCAGCGGGAACCUGGUGGCUCACCGGAAGACGCACCUCACUGCUGGCCGCGACUACGGACUCAGUCCCGUGUCUUUCGACACCGCCAGCCACGUCCGGGAGCACGCCACUUCGUCGCUGGCUGCGCCGCCGUUGCCCGACGACAGCAGUGCCUUUAGUAGUGCAUUGUUUUACGAGUGUACCGUCUGUCGGAGUUCUUUUACUGACGCCAUCAGUUACUGGAGGCACGUAGGUGAACAUUCUGGUAAUCCUAAGGUGGGCGUGGCUGGUGGCCACAGUGAAGCGACAUAUACUGCACCGCCCGGUGCUAGCUCGGAAGCUGCCCUCGACCGUGACACGCAGCCUGUUAACAGUGCCUUUACUUGUGAACCAGAAAUGGUAAUACCUGUAGGUCCAGAAAUUGUAAAUAUGUAUUGAUUACAGUCUAAAUGUGCUAUUGUACGUGGUAAAGAAUAUAGCGGAAAUAACA